UAUACUUUUGAAAUACCUUAUUUUGGUUAACCUUGCAACUGACAGCCGUGAGUCUUGUUGUUUUUAUUUACAUCGCAAAUUCGGUGCAGUUGCUGUCGACGGUUCCGAUGCAGUUUGAUCCGGUGCAUCGUCUUCAAAAACGGAUUGGUUUCCCCAGUAAUUUGAUUGUCAUCCCCGGUAAUGGAAAAUACGGCCGCCGAAUGCUGCUCUGCGAUUGCGGUUGCGACGGAAAGGGAAACGGAAUACCCGGAGGAGCGGCUAUUCGAUUCAGACGAGUUUAUUGAGUGUGAUGCUGAGUUUUUGGAGAGUGAUCCUGAGGAUUGUGAUAUGGAAAUGAGAGCAGAAGAGGGUGCAGACAAAAAAGCUGAUUCGAAUAGUGCUGCUGAAAAUUCAAAGGCAUCCUUUGAGGAUGAUGAAUCGACAUUGUUUAUGGUGAGCUUGGUUGUUUCUUUGCGUGAUUUUAAAGGACAAACCUCAGCUGGAGAGUUAGACACCUGGUUAAUCUGUGGCAACAGCGUCGAAAAUUUUCUGAGUAGCGUUUGGGAACAAUCUAAAAAGCACCUUAUUCGGCAAGUGGUAACAGUUCAUGACGAUGAUGGUAAUGUCACCUACAAAUGGAGUCCUAAUAAGGAAAUCUGUGAAGCUGAUUUCGUACACUUUGCCUUGUUUUACGAUAAGCAAAACCGUAGGACUAUAACAGUAGAUAAAUUAAGCACCAACGUUCUUCAAAACUGGAGAAAAAAGUCAACAAUUGAACUUUUGCUCCACAAAUACUCGCUAACUGUAAACUCGAAGACGUCGUGGAAAAAAGUUGAAAAAGCUUUGAUUGAUGUGAUACCCAAGAAUCGCGGCGGUGCAGUGACAACGGAAUUUGCCAGCGAUUUGGCCCAUGAGUUGCGACGUAAACAUGGGCAUAUUUGGAACGGUCAUGAUAUUGCCUGGAGCAUCUGGGCAAACACCAUUCUUGCAGCACCUGCUCAUCAGCAUGAAGCUAUGAAAGAAGACUCUACGCCUCCUGGUAGUUGCAUGGACCUAUUUGCAAUGAAAGAAAAUGAGCAAUUCCAGCGAAUUCGACGUGAGUAUCGUGUUGCCCAUAACGUAAAUGACGGGUACCAAGCGGAUAUUAAGAAGGUAAUGGAUGCUUUUACAGAGCUGAAGGAGGCUCAGCAGCAACAGACUGUGAAGCUUUCUGUAUUGGAGAGGCGCCUUGAAAAUUUAGCUUUGAGGAGUCAAAUCGGAGAUUCAUUCAUCAGUUCUGCUGAAUCAGCCAUGAACGUGCGUGAAAAUGAGUUUUCAUCAAUGAUUGCUUCCAGAGUACAAGAUGUUGAAGACGUAGAUCAUAUGUAG